AUGUCGUAUAUUUCUCGCCUUGUCACGGGCGGUUCUCCGGUGUUAUGGUGUUGGCAUGGUGGCUGCUGCUUGCUGCGGGGCGUUUCUUUCGACUUGCUUCCCUUAACUGCAGCCAACCACUUAAGCUUCCCGUCUUCCUGCUGCGACGGCGGCAGGUGUUUUUGCUGGCUCUUGUGUCUUUCGCGGCUGCCGGUGCGCUGUUGGCUUUCGCUGCACUCGUUUUUCUCCCUGCUCGGCAGCUGUGGAAAGUCCGAUGACGUCAUUGGUGGUCUUGUCUUCUGGAGCUGUUGCUGUUCGCGUUCCUCUCGGCGCUCCCAUUGUCUUUUCGUGACGACGAAGGGGACCUUGAACUUGUUCUUGCAAAUUCUAUCUGCCGUCGGAUGCGCUCCUCCACAUAGCUUGCAACUUGGCUUGCAUGCCUUCUCGUGGUCCGCGUCGGGGUUGGCCUCCCCGCACGCGAAGCAUACUCUGGUCUCCGGGGUUGGACAUACGUCGAUGCGGUGUCCGACUUUUCCGCAACAUCUACACACUUCAUGAUGUUUCCUGUAAAGCCCGCACUUGAGCAGUGCCGCUCGGUAUAUUACGUACCGGGGCACUCUCUGUCCUUCAAAGAGGACGAUGACCGCUGUAGAAUUUCCAAUCCUGUGCGCCUCUAGCGCCGUUGGGUUAUACUUUGUCACGACCGCCUCAUUUAUGUCUUCGGGCGAGUCGUCAAUUGCGAUACCUCUGAUGAUUCCCUUCGCCGUCCCUUCGGGCGCGGUUCGGUAGGCGGAAACCUCAAAUUC